AUGCAGUAUAACAUGGAUCAUUCUUCCUGGCUGGCUGUCAAGUUCCUGGCCACUUUCACUUCAUCAAGUGUCGUUCAUACAGUUUCUUCCGACGUAUGCGUGAAAACGUGUCGGCCGAGGGGAGAAAAUGUACCCAAAUCGCUUGCAUCCUCAGCUGCAGUCGUCAGGGCAACAAUCACUGCUGAGUGGACGGGAAGUCAUUGGGAAAGACAGUCGUCCUUUCCCAUUCUGGUGGCCACUCCACCCGACGCUGUCGUUCAGUUGCUUUUUCUGUCCUCCAAAUAUUUGCAUGAUUUGCAUGCAGGAUGGUAUGAAUUACUCAGUCAUGUACCGCUGUUCACUCCAUACUUUUCGUCCGAAAAUCAGUUCUUUCAAAGGGCAAACUGUCUCGUGAAGAGAAUGUGA